UGAGGAGCAGCUGCCAUUGUCCAACACUACAGAAGAGGAUUAGCGCGCGUGCACGUCCACGUCCACGCACAUUAGCCGGUGACCACGGACGCAGUUGUGACGCGCACGCACACGUGCACGGAAGUCGAGACGACCGGCUCGCGGGAAGAAAAAAAAAAAAAAAAAAGACUUCACCGGCGGCGCGCAUUUACUACUCCACGCGCCCCGACACGCGCUUCAUUGCCUGCGACUGGAGCGCGCGCCGACGCUGUGGAGGAUCGCGGAGACCCCAGGAUGGAGCCCAGCUGCUGAAUUGAGGACGUGACGUGACGUGACGUGACGAGACGGGAUCGGAUCGGGGUUUUGCGUGAAAAGGGAAGUCUGAACAGGGGCCGGCAUGGCGUGUAGGUGGACCUGGCAGGUGCUGAUCACCGUCUGUCUGCUUCUAAUUCCCCUCUCCACGCACGGGAGGCAUUCAAUGUCUCGGCGCCAUCACCAUCGUAACCAAUCAUCCUGGCACCAGGAGGCCUUGAACACCAGGAUGGUGCUAAGUGAUGACUCGGCAGAAAGGGAGCACCUGAUAGAAGCAGAGGUCCCCACUUUGUCUAAACACUCUCACUCCCACAAACACCUGAUAGAAGCAGAGGUCCCCACUUUGUCUAAACACUCUCACUCCCACAAACACCUGAUAGAAGCAGAGGUCCCCACUUUGUCUAAACACUCUCACUCCCACAAACACGCCCAUCUCGCUCUGGUGGAGGAAGACCCUCCUGUCGGGGAAGAGCUCACUGGCGGUGGAGCAGGACCGGAUCAGCCCGGGAACCCCUUGUCUGACGACAUCAUCACCGUGGAGUUCCACAGUCCCGCACCGGAAGUCGUACCUUCCGACGUGGAGUCUCCCGGGGCUAAGCUUCCCAAGCCCCAGAAGCAAAAAGCAGGCGCCCCCACAGCUUGGACACUGUCGGACUUUUACGACUACCUGUCGCCGGACGACGAUCUCUCCGCCUCGGACCCCACCCCGGAGCCCGAGCCCACCCCUUCCCCGCCCGUCUACAUGGAGGAUGAGAACCCGCUCUUGGCCAGUUCUCCUGCUCGUCCCGUCAACGCGAAGCCCGGCGUGGACAAUAAACCCGCGUGGCCCGCGACGUCCCAGCCGGCACCAGACAACGGUGGAGACCUAAGCCUGGGUGGCGCCCUGGGGGGAGACGGGUGCAGGCUGGGCUUUGUGCGCUCCGGGCCCGGGAUGUGUGUCUCGCAGUGUGACGCCCAACCCAAUUUCUGCUUCAAUGAAGGAGUGUGUACUGUGGUGGCGGGCGUGGGAGCCUUCUGCAGGUGCAACGUGCAGGACUACAUCUGGAACAAGGGCACGCGCUGUGACUGGGCCGUCACGGAGUUCCAGGUGAUGAGUGCGGUGGUGGGCGUGGCCUCCGUGGCGCUCCUCCUCCUCCUCAUGAUCGUGGUGUUCUUUGCCAAGAGGCUGCACCGCCUCAAGAACGAGAACAAGCGGCUUCGCAAGCGCAGUAAGUACCGCCCGCAGAGCAGCGAGCCACAGACGGACGGCCUUUCUGUUUCAACCACCGCUGACGGCUCGCAGCCAAACGUAAGGAAACUGUGCGACUCACCUCCGCCCGCCCCCCAAGCUCACCCUCACAACCUGGCGUACUAUGACAACAUUAUCUGUCAGAGACCGUCGUCCACCACCCUUACCUGGGAAUUUAAACCCAGAAACUCGUACAACCACUUCCAGGACGACCCCAAGAAGCAGGAGGACCAGGCCAAGUCGCCCCCGCCCAAGGAAGAGGGCGCCAUGAACAUCCUCAACUGUCAUUCGCCCAAACACGAGAACAACCGGCCGACCUCCGUGGUCCACGACCAUAGCCAGGCCCCCAACAGCACAGACGACAACACGGAGGACGGAGUCACUAUCGGCCUGGAGGUGCUCCUCCCCAAAGAGGCCAAGCUCCACCCACAGAAGAGCCCCCCCCUCCACUAUGACGUCUUCCUCUACAAAGUCGCCAACAACGGCGACUCGGCCGCUCCCAACGCUCAUUCCCCCGCCUCCCAUCACGCCAAGAGAGCCAAGGUGCAGAAGAAGGAUCCUUACCAGGGGACCGGAAGACACUCCACCCCCUUCCUGCAGCCCUCGUCCGGACUCCAUCGUCACUCGGCACCCGGGGGCUACUCCACUCCCGUGUGCCACCACACACCCAAAGGUCGGCCUUCCAGUUCUUACUGUUCUGGAAUGAAAAGAGAGGACGGACAUAUUCGUUCAUCGCCGUCGUCUCCUCAUCUCACUCAUCCUCCGUCCUCACCUUCCUCCAGAGUCAAGUGCAGCCCGCUCAGCACUCGAUCCCUCCCGCCACUCUCCUGACUUCCACACCUUCUAACAUCCCCGUCGCUGUAGUGGCUGCUAGAGUUCAACCCUCGGGGGGCAAGGAAACUGGGGAAAAAAAAAAUGUUGGAAGAUGUAACAUCGAUGGACUUAACGGUCACAUGAUCACGGAAAUGAUGUGAACGAGGUGCCAAUUACUGUAAGCGCUGAGGAGUUUUUAGCUCUUAUUUUACAAAAAAUAAAUAAAUAAAUUUUAAAAAAGCCUGCUUUUUUUGUAGUUUUUACACAUUUUUUUUAGCAUGUAUGUUAUUUCAUGUUUUGAUACAUUU